AUGGCAUACGACGAACAGUGCAACUCACAGAAUCUCAAGGCCAACCUCGACUUGUUAGAAGAAAAGCGGGAGACGGCUCGAGUUCAGAUGGCGGCCUAUAAACAGAAACUCCGCGAGGCCGCCCGCCGCUCUAUCGCCCGCGCCGACCACCUUAGCCGUGUCUUCUCCGAUGACACUUACCACUCCCGGCUCCUCCCCAACCCCAUCGGGGACUACCUGAUAGAAGUCAACGUCGGCACGCCGGCCCAUAAGAUCUUCGCCGUGAUUGACACCGGCAGCGACCUAACCUGGGUCAACUGCAACCCCUGCAUAGGCUGCUACCCAACCUUCGAGCCUAAAAGCUCUUCCACGUACCACCGCUUCUCAUGCGGGGACAACGCCUGCGCCGAUUUCCCCACGCACAGCUGCGGGAAAGGCCUCACCACGUGCGACUUCGCGCUUGCGUAUGCGGAUGGAUCGCACACUUCUGGCUUUCUUGCAACCGAAACCUUCACCUUCGACACCACCGCCGGCUAUCAUGUCCCCAUCCUCAACGUGGUAUUCGGAUGCUCGCACUUUACCCAAAUAACCAUCGCCACGGACACCGUCGCGCUUGUCGGCCUCGGCCGCGGAGAUGUCUCAUUGGCAUCCCAGCUGGGCACCAUCGUGGGUAAGAAAUUCUCCUACUGCUUGGUUCCUCCCUUCAGAGAUGCAGGCUCGAGCCACAUAAGCUUCGGUGCCAAUGCGGUAGUCUCCGGCCCGAAUGCCGUGUCCAUGCCUCUUAUCAACGGUCCAAUACGCAGCUUCUACUAUGUUCCUCUCAGAAGCCUUACCCUUAAUGGCCAGAGCAUCCCCGUGAAUAGCAGGCAUGUUAUGCUCGACACGGGCGCGGCCCUCACGAUGCUCGAUUCGGCCCUGGUGCAAUCAUUGGAGGAUGGGCUGAAGAAUAUCAUGAAGCUCCCGACGGUGCAACAUCCCGAGUUAAGUCUAUGCUUCGAUAUCAGAAGCAAUCGCAAUGUACGUUACCCGAUUAUCACAUUCGAAUUCGAUGGGGUAUCUCUGACGUUGGACGUCGGCCACGUGUUCAUGUUUUUGGACGCGAAUACUGCGUGCCUGGCUAUCAUCUCAAGCGGCGAUGCCGACCAACCUGGGGUCAUUGGCAGCCGUGCUCAGGUCAACUUUCACAUCGGCUAUGAUCUUGACAACCAGAAGAUCUCCAUUGCUGGCGUUAAUUGCGCCAACUUGUGA